AGUUUGGAUUAUAAAUACACGCGAACGAAGCUACAGCGAUCUGAAAAACAUUGUGGUGACCUGCUGCUAGUGAAAUUGCCUCCGUUCACACCAUGUUCCGUGUGGUCGUGUGUGGAGCUUUGUUUCUUUGCUGCAGGCUUCAGAACGUGGGGGCAGCACAGGAAAUAUUCCGCAAUGCUGGCUUCGAGGGGCCGUUAGGGUCCGAUAACUGGUACUGUUCUGGGUGUGCCGGUGAGCAAAACUCGGACGAUAAGGUGGAGGGGACUACCAGCAUGUUGGCGCGUGGGAGGACAGCAGUAUGGGCCGGUCCGUCCUAUGUUCUACCUUACGGUCGUGGCGUCCUCCCCGGCCAGACGUACGAGUUCCAACUAUUCGUCAAACUGUUGUCAGGAGGAGCGGCCCACGUCCCCGUCAAGAUCAACCUGGCAACUACCUUCUCUGAUGGUGAAUUCAACUAUCGGCCGAUCAAGCACACCGACCACAUCAGUCAGACUCAGGGAUGGCAGAGGAUCACCACCAGCUGGACUGUACCAUCCUUUGACAAGGAAGUGACGGCGAUGCGCCUGUACCUUGAGGGUCCUCCUGUUAGCAUUGACAUCCUUGUAGACGGAUCAUCGCUGACGCUGGCAUCUGGACAGCUGAGCCUGGUGGAAAGCCUGCACACCGUUUCAGGUUCUGAGAUGGUGACUAACCCUGGAUUUGAGGGUGACCUGAGCGGCUGGUACUGCAUGUCGUGUACAGGUGUGCAUUAUACACAAGACAAACAUGGCGGAGGCGGAGCUAUGCUGGCUCAGGACAGAACUGCUGAUUGGGCGGGUCCAUCUCAAGACUUGGCCUGGGGAUCCGCCAUCAAGAGUGGAUAUACCUACAUGUUCACCAUGUGGGUCAAAAUCCUGGAUGGCGGAAGCACACCCUACAAUAUCAAGGCUAAGCUGAAUGUUGUACUCAAAGAUGGAUCCCAGAGCUGGCUGAAGAUAGUCUCCUCGACAGUGUCAGCCCAGGACGGCUGGACGAGGCUAUCUGCUGGAUAUACUGUGGAUGCUUACGGAGACACGGUGAGCAGUGUCCGGCUGUACGCCGAGGGUCCUCCGGCUAACGUCCGAUUCCUCAUCGAUGACGUGUCGUUUCUUUCUUUUAUGGACGUCUCGCAGAGUAACUGGAAGUCUGAGGCAAACACAAGGAUCGACCAGCUACGCAAACGAUACGUCAACUUCAGGGUCAACACCCCUAACGCCCAUGACAUCAGUGUGGAGAUAGCCCAAACUAAGUCUCACUUCGCGUUCGGGUCAGCGGUAAACGCCUGGAGAAUGCCGUCCAACAGUCGGUACGCAGACUUCUUCUUCGACAACUUCGAGUGGGCCGUUCUGGAAUCCAACCACAAAUGGAAGCAGAAUGAGCCUCAAGAGGGUCAGCUUCAAUGGGCGCGCGCUGACCGGACAAUGGAGAUGUUGGAGAGCCGUGGAGUUACCAUACGUGGCCACUGCGUCUUCUGGUCGGUACCGGAUAAUGUGCCGGACUGGCUGAAAGGCUACUCUGCCGCUGAGGUAGAGCAGAAGUGCUGGAAGCGGGUUGACGACGUUGUGGGGCGAUACAGCGGAAGGUUGGCGCACUGGGACGUCAAUAACGAGAUGCUGCACGGAAGCUUCUUCAGGGACAAGACGGGCAGCUCCCAGAUCCGGUACGAGAUGUUCCGGAAGGUGAAGGAAAGAGACCCGAGCGCCAAACUCUUCCUGAACGACUACAACGUCGUUACUGGUUAUUGGUCAACUCGGGACUAUGCCAACCAGAUUACUGAGUUCCUGAAGAACGGCGCGCCGGUGGAGGGCGUCGGAGCUCAGGGACACUUUGGCAGCCGUCCUGACCCUCUAAACGUUCAGUACUGCCUGAACACUUUAGCCUCUCGUGGGCUCCCCGUUUGGAUAACCGAGCUGGAUAUUGACGAGGCCGAUGAGUAUGUGAAGGCAGACGGCUAUGAGGACGGUCUGAGGGCCUUUUUCAGCCACCCUGCCGUGGAAGGAGUUCUUCUCUGGGGUUUCUGGGACCAGUCGCACUGGAAACCAGACGCUGCCAUUGUGAACGGAGACAAUUUCCAGAUUAACGAAGCAGGUCGCCGUUGGCAGCGGCUUGUCUUUAACGACUGGCGGACCAACCUGUCUCUCACGGACGGCAUCGUGACGUCACACGGCAAGGAGUUCAUCUUCCGUGGUUUCCAUGGAAACUACGAGGUCAAGGUCAAGACCCAUGGUCAGGUCGUGGCCACGAAGACGUUCUACUUGUCUCCUGGAGCCGGCGCCCUUACUGUGGAGGUGGACAUGCCUAACGACAUCAUUGUGGGCUAAUAAAAUAUGGCUAACAUACCCGUAGAAAACAACAAAAAUUUGUGUUUGAAAAAGGCAACACAGAAAGGAUCUACGGUCAUUUUUAAAGAUACUUUACUAUCAAUAAAUAGCAUAAUUAAUGGCCAUGUCGCAAAAGUAUAUGUUUGGUCACCUUGAAGCUUUGCAAGCCUGUGUUCCUAAUUUCUUCGGUAAUCACCAAAUCCCUUUGUGCACUUUUCAUUUUGACCUGUUUCUACUCUGCUGAAAGUGAACCCCAAAGGUUUUGAUAAUUC